AUGAAACGCACGUACCCGAGCGCGGGGCCUCACCGAAGCCUGCUCCACCACGGCAGCUACCAGGCGCUGCUCGCGCUGCUGACGGCAUACAUGAUCGGGGAUGUCUGGCUCGGAUCGCUAUUCGGGAAGGUCUGCGAUUUCCUCCCCGCUAUGCACUCUUCGCUUCACUCCAGCUGGGGUGUUCUCCUCAACCAGAUGCCGGAAGACACAUGCACGUGCCCCCGCACCUCACUUGGCGGCAUGCGCACUGCGGAUCUGUAUUCGGUAUUCUCGGCACGCGUGCUGCGGAUACGCUGUAUUCUCGCUGCGUGGACGCUGUCUCGAGCGCGAAUGGUCACGUCGAGGCCGCAAACGCCAUGACACAAGUUCCCGCCCCGCCCUCUCCGCCGUCAUCACCUAGGCCUGCUCCGCUUCGACAUUGCCCCCCACGCGCUGCCGCAGGCAUGGGCUUCGACCUGCUCAUGGGCCCCUCGCACCACGUGAUUUGGAAGUACCGCCCGCUCGUCUGCACUGACGGCUUCCCUUACGCCUCCCCAAACGCGGGCACUUGGUGCGCACUGUUUUACGCGAUGGUGUUUCUGCCCGACCUCGGUAAGCCCGGCUGCGAGUGGGCCAUCGUCGCGUGCCUCGCCCUCGCGUCCAUUCCGCGGUGGCCUUGGAUGCGCCUCGGACUAAGCCUACAUCUUACUCCUAGUUGGCGGCACGAGCGAGACCAUCUCGUACUGAUGCUGGACAACCUACUUUUACAUUCUGUUGCUCUUGCCGUCCUCGACUCGCGCUGGAUUCGCGCGCCCGCGCCCUCGACCGGCUCCUCUGCGUCGUCUCGGGCGCACCCGGCGCGCCGCUGGUCGCCAAGCUGGCCCGACCGGCAGCUGGGGAGGAGAUGGCCGCCCUACGGCGUGAAAAGUCGUGGCCGCGCUACGUGCUGGCCAUGGUCCUCAUCCCGCUCCCGCUCUGCGCCGCAACUUACGGUCUCGAGCUGCUCUUCAAGGCGCCCUGAUCUCGCCCCGUUCGCCCCUUCGCCCCCCCCCCCCCCCUUCUCACUGUCUGGGGUUUGGCAUUUAACCCGCGCCUCUCACAUUGACUCUCCCUCGACUCCCAAACGACCGGUGAGCAAGGCGUCGAAUCAAGGGGCGUUGCCAGCCACCGCCUUCACGCCGCUGUCAUCCCACAACCCGGCAGGGGCUCGACCCUCUCGACCCCAGCCACGUUGCGUACGCCGGGAUCGGGCUGGACGGCUGGCGCCCAUCCUGCGCCGCUGUCUGAGACUCGUCGGCGCGGGCCGCGCGGCACGCGUCGCCUCGAGCGCGUCGCGCGGAAAUACGCGUGGGAAACACGAGGAGGGCGACCACCCGCCAUAGCGCGGUACCGACCCCACGACUCUCGCCUCUCCCUACGCGCUGGACCGCGGUGCAAACGCGUCUGCACUCCGCGUUUGCAUCGUCACCAAUUUCCUGUGUUUUUUCUGUCGAGGGAGUUUAGUGGCAUGUGCCAUGUGUGCAGCUGCUGAGUCGCGGCGGGUCCACACUCCAACGGUAUCUCGACGAUCUCCCCUCCGCGACC